GAUGGUCAUUCCAGAUCAAUUCAAGAAGGUCCUGGGAAAUACUCAAAGAUGUGCUUGUGUAUACAUAUAUGGAAAUUACGAAAGAGCUAACUAUCAAAGUAGAGGAAAAACAUAAAAAGAGAUCAACUAGAAUCUAUAUCAAGAUAAAGAAAGUGAAAAUGAAACCACCGAGAAGUUCACCCGAUUCCCGAAGCCAUCUCUUGAUAGCAGGGGUUCAGGCUAAACCUUCCUGAUCAAGCAUAGGAUCUGAUAGCUGCUGUACGACCCCUUCCGCCCUAUGAAUAAAUGUGCCUCAAAUGGAAUUCUGUCAUGCCUUGCGGGCAGUUGAUAAACACCCGUGUAGUACAUAGAUAUGCCACGUCCGCAAUAUCUUCUCUAACCCUACAACAAUCAUCCUCAUAUUGAAGAUGGCCACUUUGACACAGUCGAAGAGCAGUGCAUCGGCUCAUAAUGAUUUGAUACGUCCUCCUUCUGUCACGACAGUGUUGCCGGCUGGGGAUAACCCGAAUCUCGAAGGCUUGAGUGCGGAUGAAGCUGCACUGACAGCUCUGGGUUACAAACAAGAGUUCAAGAGAGAAUUCUCCUUAUGGACAACUUUUUGUGUUUCGUUUGCUGUACUCGGAUUACUGCCCAGUUUCGCGAGUACAUUAUAUUAUGGAAUGGGUUAUGCAGGUACCGGGGGAAUGGUUUGGGGGUGGUUGGUGAGUUGGUUCUUCAUCCAGUGUGUUGCCAUGGGAAUGGCAGAGUUGUGUUCAAGUAUGCCAACUAGUGGUGGAUUAUACUAUGCUGCAGCAGUACUCGCUCCUCCAGGAUGGGGUCCGUUUGCAGCAUGGAUCACUGGAUGGUCGAAUUGGAUGGUCCAGAUCACAGGAGCACCCAGUGUGGACUAUGCGCUCGCUGCCAUGAUUCUAGCUGCCGCAUCAAUUACUCACCCCGAGUACGAGCCAACAAAUUAUCAAACGUUUUUAUUGACCGUCUUAAUCAUGAUCAUCCAUGGAGUUAUAUCGAGCAUGCCAACAUUAUGGAUUGCGAAGUUCAAUUCGUUUGGAUCGACGUUGAAUAUGAUAGCUUUGUUGGUGGUAAUCAUUAUGAUUCCAACGUCAGUCACCGGAACUGCCACAACGCCAAAAUUCUUUCCUUCGAAGGAGGUCUGGUCUAUUCAGAAUGGUACCGAUUGGCCAGAUGGAGUCGCAGUCCUUAUGUCGUUUAUCGCCAUUAUUUGGACAAUGUCUGGAUAUGAUGCCCCGUUCCAUCUUUCGGAAGAGUGCAGUAAUGCCAGUAUCGCAGCUCCGCGCGCGAUCGUUCUGACCAGUGGAAUUGGAGGUCUUAUGGGAUGGGCUUUGCAACUUGUUGUUGCUUACACUGUCAUCGAUAUCACCGAGGUCAUUGAUUCCCCACUUGGACAACCAUGGGCAUCGUAUCUCGUCCAAGUGAUGCCACAGAAGAUCGCGCUCGCUAUUCUUGCCCUCACUAUUAUGUGCGGAUUUUUUAUGGGUCAAGGAUGUAUGGUGGCCGCUUCUCGAGUAACUUUCGCCUAUGCCCGCGACGAUUGCUUUCCAUGUUCUUGGUGGAUCAAGAGAAUCAAUAAGUCUACUUAUACUCCAGUCAAUGCCGUAUGGUUCAAUACUGUGAUAGGUUGCCUCCUCUUGUUGUUGAUCUUUGGCGGAAGCGUAGCUAUUGGCGCAAUCUUCUCCGUUGGCGCCAUUGCAGCCUAUGUUGCUUUCACCAUCCCUAUUUUUAUUCGCGUAUUCUUUGUUGGCGAUAGAUUUCGACGUGGACCAUGGCAUCUUGGCAAAUUCAGCAAGCCAAUUGGAAUGGCCGCCUCUUCGUUUAUCCUUGUUAUGAUGCCAAUUCUCUGCUUUCCAGCAUAUAAAGGCAAUGAUCUCACUGCCUCUUUGAUGAACUGGACCGUGGUUGUAUAUUUCGGACGUAAGUACUCUUGAAUUUUGGGAUUCUUUUAGACCCAUCUUCGGCGGCUAAUGAUAGAUUCAGCAAUGAGUAUAGUAAUGAUCUGGUGGUUCGUGUCAGCACACAAAUGGUUCAAAGGACCUGUGAUCAAUGUCGAGGUAAGUUACAUACAUCCCACACUAACAUUCCAGCCACGAAGGCUAACACUGGUAAUCCUAGCAUCAUAUGAUGGGUAGAGACCCGGAAGAAAUUAUGGAAGGCGUUGAAGAUAGUUCAGAUGAUGGAAAGAUCAAGCCAAAUCCGUUCGAAAAGAAGACCGAGCUGGGAGGGGAUCGGGCUCUUGGAAAUUCGGCAGUAACCCAGUGAAAGCUCCUGGGUCUGCAAGCAUAUCAGCAUUGAGAUUUGUCGAGACAACAGGAAUGGUGAAUGUACAUUGAUAUAUUAACCAAUAAUUAAUUAUUUUUCUCCUGCAUUAGUUGCAAAACAAUCAUAGUGACGUAGACACCAAUUCCAAAUACCAUACAGGAGACUGGCUCCAUGUCAGCUGUUCUGUGUAGGUUGGGUUUGAAGUUUUAAAGUGUAGGAAACUGUUAUCCAGGGAGA